AUGCUCGAAUUCGCGGCCGUCGAGCUCGAAAUCGAGGGUUUUUACGAAACUUCGAGCUAUUCCACGUACCUGCGGCCGCCAGAAGGGGUUCGGAUUUCGCGACGGACGGUGGAGAUUAACGGAAUCACGAGCGACACGGUGCGCAACGCGCCGAGCUUCGGCGAAGUGGCGGAUCGGAUUUAUGAGCUCAUGGACGAUCCCGUUACCGUCGUGCUCCGUGUCUCUCCUCUCCGUGCUCGUUUGGGCGGCCCACCAGGCAAGGUGUGGGCGGGGCACAACAUUAUCCGGUUUGACAACGCGCGCAUCCGAGAGGCCUUUGGCAGCUUGGGGCGAGUGCCACCCGAGCCGGCUGGCGUAGUGGACACAUACGACCUGCUCAGGCGGGAGUUCGGCACCAGAGCAGGCGACAUGAAGGUGAGGGGCGCUGCUGUGCCGUGCGGAUGGGAUGUGAAAGAGAAGCACUCAGAGAGCAUUCUUUUUGGCAAGGGAGAGGGCAGAGAGGGCGGCGAGGCACAGGGCGAGGGGGGAAGCGAGGUCCAGCAGGCAGCAACCCGAACAGCACAGCAGGCAGGUGUGGGCGAGUGCGUGGUGAGUCCGGGGUGGUGGCAGCAGCAGCAGGAGCAGCACACCAAGGAGGGCGCCCCUUGGGCCAUCGCGUGUGCUCACUUCGACCCCUUCUGGCUGCAGGCUGUGUGCGCGCCUGCUGCUGGUGCUGGUGGCACUGGGGGAAAUGGCAGCAGCAGAGGGAGUGGGUGGGGAGGGGGCAGGCGGUACAGCUUGAGGGGAGGGAGUGCUCGGGUGUACCCCAAUGGCUUCAGGCCACAGCCGCCAUCUGAUGCUGCUGAUGCUGUUGGUGGUGCGGUGGAGGGUGCACCAGCACGUGUGCUGCUGCUGUACAAUGGGCGGUCACUGCACGUGAGGGAGUGCGGUGCAAGGAUCAAGAUGAGGCCGGUCGUCCUUCACCCCUCACGCCCCCUCCUCCCGUCUCAACCCCUCUCAUACGUCCUCCUCACCAGUGUGUCGGAUCGCUUCGCCUUUGACGAGGCCACGGGCCGCCCGUCCUUCUCGCUGCUCCUCGCCGUCUCGCCUGCCGCUGCUGCCGCCAUCACUGCCUGCUUCGAUGCUCUGCUGGCGUGCGUGGGGAGUGGCAGCAGCAGUGGGGGGAGUAGCAAGGAGGCAGCAGCAGCAGGGGCGGAGGGUGGCGGGGAAGGGGAGAGGAGCGGUGAGCGCAGCGAGGAGGUGCGAUCGCCCUUUGUGGCGGCAUGGGAGGAGGAGGAUGGCAAGAGAGUGAUCCGCGUCAAGCUGGCAGCUGACGGUGUGAGGGGGAAUGCAGAGUGGCGCACCAAGGUCUUCUCAUGUGUGGCACCGCACACAACCGCUCUCAACCCAGCCAUUGUCAGCACCAGCUCUCCCACAGGCGCCACCAGCAACGACAGCAGCCAGCAGUCACCUGCAUCGCAGCAGCUGCACACUGUGGACCCCCACCAGCUGCACCUGCCCGUGGACCCGUACAUGGUGGCGGCAGCGCUACCAGCAGGGGCGGUGGUGGACGUGGCGUUUCUGGUCGACUCCUACUGUGUCAAUGGCACCAGGGGGCUGCGCUUCGUGGCAGAUGUGAUUGUAGUGAGGGGAUGA